UCAACUGCCCGAAAUCGAUAAAGGUUUAUUCUCAUGGAUUCGACCAUCACUAUCCGUUCCCGAAUCAUUAUUAAUCGAAAGGAUUGGAUUAGAUGCUGCAGUAUUCUUGCGCUUUAUAGUCAUGUGCAGAAAUAUAUUCUUUUGGUUAUUUCUGCUGGGAUUUAUUGUGAUCAUACCAAUUAAUGUUUAUGGAACAAAGCAAGAUCAAGGAACAUUUCCUGAAACUAUGAAUCCAAUUGAAUAUCUUAGCAUUACUUUCUUAAAGGCGCAAAAAUGGCUCGUGGCCCACACGAUCUUCACAUGGGUAUUCUCUUUUAUAGUUUACUAUCACCUCUACAAACAAUAUCGGGAAUUCGCCGAACUUAAGCAAGAUUAUUUUAAAUCCACGAAUUACCAAGACUCCUUGCAUUCUCGAACUCUGAUGGUUUUGAAUAUUCCUCCGGCCAUAACAUCCGAGCAAGAAUUGGGUGAUUUUAUUGAAUCGCUAAAAUUAGACCACCCUAUUUCACAAAUGUGUAUUGGACACAGGGUGGGCGACUUGCCGACUUUGGUGAAAGAACAUGAUCACGCUGUUAGAGAGUUGGAAAAGAUACUGUGCAAGUACUUCAAAGGCCGACCCACUCAUCUGGCGGAUGUCAUGGAUCGCGUUGCACACUCCGCGGCUAAGCAUAUUAGGCACCGUCUUGCGGCUCCAAAGUUGAUACUAGCUCCAUUACCCAAAGAUAUUGUUUGGAAUAACUUGCCGUUGGUCGGGACUGCUAAAGGUGAGCAUUCUUUCGGGUUUGUAAAAACGAAAUUCAUCGCGACUGAUCUUGACUUAAAACACAGGAGCACGAAGGUUGAUUGGCUAUGCUAUGUUCGUUGGCCUAUGAUGAGUACUGAAAUGACCGAUACAAUGACAAAACAUUGGGUUUUCGUUGCUCUUAUGGAAUCAUGGAUCACUCCGUUUCUCAUGUCCGUAUUCUUUGUAAUAUUACCCAUCCUUCUACGGACACUCGCUCGAUUUCAGGGCAAAAUCACAGAAUCCUCUUUAGAGCGAUCCACACUGGCAAGGCUUUACCUAUUCUUCCUCUUAAAUAACGUGAUAAUUUUUACCGCCUUCACCACCAUUUAUGAUAUCGCCACGCAAAUAAAAGCUAUCAUUGAUAGUGGCGAUACAGACGUUCGAGAUUUCUUCAGCGUCCUCCAAAAUUCAAAUUUACUUGAGCGAAUUAUCGAAUCAAUAAUCAGGGUGUCUACUUUCUGGAUCAAUUAUAUUUCAUUGAGAGGUGCGGGAACUCUGAUAGAAUUGGCGCAAUUUGCUGUAUUAUUGAUCAAGAAGAUCAAGAUACUCCUUACCACUGAAACACCGAGAAAUAAGAAAGAACUAUCUCGCCCACCCGACUUUAAAUAUGCCGUCUACUAUAAUUUACAUUUAUUCAUCUUUACGAUUGUGAUGUUGUACAGUGUGAUUGCGCCAGUGAUUCUGAUAUUUUGUUUGCUGUAUUUCGAGUUGGCUUAUUUAACCUAUAAAUAUCAAUUAAUUUUUGUGUAUACGACAAAAGCUGAAAGCGGUGGCACAUUUUGGCGUGUACUAUUUAACAGAAUGAUCAUCUCCACCAUCUUCUGGCAACUGGUGAUGAUCGGAGUUAUAAACAUGAAGGGUGCUCAUUUUCAAUCCAUAGUCCUCAUCCCAUUGCCGGUGAUGACCGUCUUCCUGAAAAUCCUGUGCAGUCGUUCCUUCGAUGCAAAGAUACAUUACUAUACUCCCGACAGAUCCUCCGACACAGAAGUACGAGUGAACGCGAAUAAAGAAAUGGAAGAUCCUUAUCAUCAACGUGAUAAGAUAUCGAUUCGAUUUGGACAUCCAGCGUUAAUGGGCGAACUUAUAAAACCGAUGUUAAGCUCUAGUCAUAAAAUAUUUUUGGACAAGAUUUAUGAUGGACGCAUGGAAGAUGUCGAGGGAGAAAAACAUGGGAGACUAGUAAAAUCAACAAAGAUCACUGCCGGCACGAACGUGAUUGAAAUUGUGACGGUGGAUGAUUCGGAUUUAAAUAUCAAUGAGGAAUAUAUGGAAGAAUUGAAGCGGGGAUAUUAUUAUAAUUACGAGGCCACACGCGAACCUCUGCGUGUUCAAGAGGAAUGA